GUUAUGGCUCUGCGCCGUUAUGGCUGCGCUCUCUUUUCGGGCGUGUGUUGUAUCGAUAUAUUCAAUUGGAAAUUCUAAUGGCUCCCCAAAUUUUCCUAAAAAUUAAAAUUCUAAAAAUUUUCUUUAAUUUUUAAAUGUUUUGAUGCAGCUUUGUCUAGGAUGUCAUCAAUGGCAAAAUAUUUACAAUAUUUUAAAUACUUGAUUUGGAGGCAGGAGAAAAAAUUAAAAAACAGUUAUAUUGGUGCUCAAAAAAUAAAUGCUGUAAAAGUUGCAGAUCAGCCGUCCUCAUCAAGGCUCACAUGGAAAAACAUAGCUUCUUUAAUCGUUGACAGAAUUCAAAUGUUUUUUUGCAAUAUUUGCAGACUUUCAAAAUUGGCGAUUGCAAUUUUGUGCAUCAUUUUUGUUGUGUCAAUUGUCAUUAUUGGUUAUUUUUCGAAGAAAUUCAUGGAUGCAGAAAAGCCGCAAACCCCUCAAUACAUGGCUUUAAUUGCAUCAUCCAAUCAGUCAAAGGAAUCUGUUGAUCUCGGUUUAAUUGAGAAAGUUACAAAAGUUACGACGAUGGAAGUCGUUUCGGACAUGACAACGACUGCCCUUGGAGUUAUAAUCGGACUUUUUUGUUUCUUGGUUGUCAUGCUAGUACUUCUUUUCCAGCUCCUUGCGUCGCAAAAUAAUGAGAAAUUUGACCAAAAUAAGGAGAGGUUUGAACAAGCAGAGAGGGAAAAUGAAAGAAGACAUCAAUCUACGGGAGCUAUGAUUGAUUUACAUUUUAAAUUGAUCGAGCAGCGGCUUUUUCCUGACCAGCCAACUCACCACCAUGCCCCUAAUAUUAAUCAAGCAAUUCUUCCACCAACAAUAUUUCCACCUCAUAAUCCAUUAAUUUCUGCCACAACUACAACAACUCGUCCUCCACCAUCUGUUCCCACACGCGUUCAUAGUACUCCAAUUUUAUCCCAUUUUACAUCAAAGUGGUGUGCUUGUUCUUGUUGUCGUCGCCAGAGUCGUGAAUCCGUACAGCAGCAACAGCCUGAGCCUUUUGCACUCGUUCCUGGUCCAUCCGCUGCCCUCUCUGCUCAUGGCCAAUUUCCUUUAACAACUAAUCCACUUAUUUCCUCUCUUCAUGAACAAACUACUUCGACGACAAAUGCACCUCUGGCUACGACUUCUUCUCAAUGUUCAGUUGAUACCAAAAGUAAGCAAGUUGCUUACACUCCCAGUGCUGUGACAGAGUCUAUCGACGAUAUUGUGACUACGCAUUAG